CAAUCAGUCGUUGCCUUAUCAUUUGCAGUAGGUGUUCAAGCCACAACGUACGUUCUGUAAAAACUGACAAGAUGAAGAAUGCUGUCUUUGUUAUCUAUAUUUUACUUGUUGCAAACUACGCUUCAGGGGGAGGGGUCCUACCUCCAUCUCCUCAAGCUACUACAAGUGCAGUGACAUCGACGCCGACGCCAACGCCAUCUGCGUCGUCAACGCCAACGCCAACUGCGUCGUCAACGCCAACGCCAACAUCAUCGUUCUCACCAACACCUGCCAGUCCGGGAGUUGCAUCAAGGAGUGUCACAUCGUCCACUCAUUCUACUACUGCAAGUAAGUAG